AUGUUCUCCAGGCCUUUUAGAAAAUUUGGAGUUGUUCCUUUGGCCACAUACAUGCGAAUCUAUAAGAAGGGUGGUAUUGUAGACAUCAAGAGACUGGGCACUGUUCAAAAAAGAAUGUCCCACAAGUACUACCGUGGCAAAACUGGAAUAGUCUACGUUACCCAGUGUGCUGUUAGCAUUGUUGUGAACAAACAAGUUAAGGACAAGAUUUUUGCCAAAAGACUCAAUGUGCGUAUCAAACAUAUUAAGCACUGUAAGAGCCAAGAUAGCUUCCUGCAACGCAUGAAGGAAAAAGAUCGGAAAAAGAAGGACGCCAAAGAGGAAGUUACCUGGGUUCAGCUGAAGCUCAAGCCUGCUCCACCCCGAGAAGCAUGCCUGGUGAGAACCAGUGGAAAUGAGCCUGAGCUGCUGGAACCUAUUUGCUAUGAAUUCGUGGCAUAA